AUGUGUGGAAUAUGGGCGAUAUUUGGAAUGGAUCAAAGCCAUCAAUCAGUAUAUUUUAAAUGUUUAUUUUGUAUUUUACACCGAGGACCAGACGCGUGGCGCAUUGAACAUGAUGCUAGAGAACCUCUUGCAAUAUUAGGCUUUCAAAGAUUGUCCAUUGUCGACGGAUUGUACGGUAUGCAGCCAAUGCGAUUACACCAAUAUCCUCGGAUCACUCUUAUAUGUAAUGGAGAAAUUUAUAACUGUAAAAGACUAAGAGAUCAAUACAAUUUCAAUUAUGAAACUAACUGCGACGUUGAGGCCAUUAUUCAUUGUUAUAAGAGUUUUGGAAUAGUGGAGGCUGUUAAAAUGCUUGAUGGUGUUUUUGCAUUUUGCUUAGUAGACGGAGACGCUCGUAAAAUUUACAUCGCAAGAGAUCCGUAUGGAGUAAGGCCUCUAUUUAAAUUGCACGAUGAAGAAAAUAACAGUAUGGGAGUUUGUUCUGAAGCAAAAGGUCUUAUAGAAUUAAAGCAAAAAUCUAGUGGAAUCUCAACAUUAGGACAAUUUCCACCCGGACAUUUAGAAGAAUGGGAUAUGUUAGACGGAGGAAAAGUGAAACUCAAAUUUACGGAAAAAUAUUAUACACCUGGUAUGACCCCACGCUUCCAAACAUUCGUGUCGGAUGCUGAACUAGCAGGGUUGGCAAAUGUAUAUCAAAAAACUGCUUACUUAUUAGAAGCAGCUUGUAACAAAAGAUUAAUGUCUGACAGGCGUAUUGGAUGUUUAUUGAGUGGAGGGCUAGACUCAUCACUUAUAACAGCUUUGGUUGUGAAAUUAGCAAAAAUAAACAAAAUUCCGUAUAAAAUUCAAACAUUCGCAAUAGGGAUGGGAGAUUCACCAGACCUCAUUGCAGCGCGUACGGUAGCCGAACAUCUUGGCACAGAACACCAUGAAGUGAAAUUUGAUGAAAACGAUGUAAGAAAAGAAUUAGAUAACGUAAUAUACCAUUUAGAAUCAUAUGAUAUUACUACAAUUCGCGCUAGUUUGCCGAUGUAUCUCUUGUCAAAAUACAUCAAGGAAAAUACUGACACCACCGUUGUAUUUAGUGGUGAAGGAGCAGAUGAAGUUGCUCAAGGGUAUAUUUAUUUUAGAGAUGCCCCUGACGCAAAUGCUGCAAACGAUGAAAGCAUACGACUUUUGUCAGAUAUAUAUCUAUAUGACGGAUUGAGAGCAGAUAGAACUACAAGCGCAUUUAGUCUGGAACUUAGAGUGCCAUUUUUAGACCUUCAAUUCACAAAUCACUACCUCAGCAUUGAACCCUCAAUGCGACAACCUCAAAACGGAGUUGAAAAGCAUUUGUUACGUAAUAGCUUUGCAGGUACUGGUUUGUUGCCAGACUCAAUCUUAUUCAGACACAAGGAGGCGUUUAGUGAUGGAGUUGCAUCCGUAAAGAAAUCAUUAUUUACUACAAUCAAUGAAAUCAUUCAAGAGAGAUUGCCAGAAACAAAAGUCUCUUAUCCCGGGCUACAACCCACUACUACAGAGUCUGAAUAUUAUCGAUACAUAUUUGAAAAAUCAUUUCCGGGACAACACAACUUUACACCGUAUUACUGGAUGCCUAAAUGGGUACAAGUUUCAGACCCCUCUGCAAGAUUUAUCAAACAUUACGUCGCUUCA